AUGCCGCCCGGCAAGAGCCUGGUCACAGAGCCUCCAGGUCGAGUGGCUUGUUCGGUGGCUCUCGCGGUUGGCUUGGCCGCAGACGAGGGACGAGUCUGGGGCCGCCGUCUCAAGACUUUGGGGCGGGAACUUGUGUCGCGCGGUCUGCACUGGAAGAUGCACCCGGGGGUGGAAGCGCCAUGCAGCAAUACGCCGACGCUGAUGCAGAGUUUGGGAGCUGAUCGUCGUGGGAUGGGACGCGACUCGAGGGUGGCAGAUCUGACGACGCAGCAGAGCCGCAGCGUUUGGCCAAAGGGGUGUUGA